AUGACAACCCCGAGCAGAUUCAAAAAGGACAAAGAGAUUAUAGCGGAGUAUGAAAGUCAAGUGAAAGAGAUCCGAGCUCAACUCAUCGAGCAGCAGAAAUGCCUGGAGCAGCAGACUGAAAUGAGAGUGCAGCUUCUUCAGGAUCUGCAGGAUUUCUUCCGUAAGAAAUCGGAAAUAGAGAUGGAAUAUUCCCGAAACCUGGAAAAAUUGGCAGAGAGGUUCAUGGCAAAAACAAGAAGUACGAAGGAUCAUCAGCAGUACAAGAAAGACCAGAACCUCUUAUCACCUGUGAAUUGCUGGUACUUACUCCUGAACCAAGUGAGAAGAGAAAGCAAAGACCAUGCAACACUGAGUGAUAUCUACCUGAACAACGUGAUCAUGCGAUUCAUGCAGAUAAGCGAAGACUCCACCAGAAUGUUCAAGAAGAGCAAAGAGAUUGCGUUUCAGCUGCAUGAAGACUUAAUGAAAGUUCUUAACGAGCUUUACACAGUCAUGAAAACAUACCACAUGUAUCAUGCAGAGAGCAUCAGUGCAGAAAGCAAACUGAAGGAGGCAGAGAAGCAAGAAGAAAAACAGAUUGGGAGGUCAGGAGACCCUGUUUUUCAUAUUCGACUAGAAGAUAGGCACCAAAGACGGAGCUCUGUGAAAAAGAUUGAAAAAAUGAAGGAAAAACGUCAAGCAAAAUAUUCUGAGAACAAGCUGAAAUCUAUUAAGGCCCGUAAUGAAUACCUGCUCACCCUUGAAGCAACCAAUGCUUCUGUUUUCAAGUACUAUAUUCAUGACCUUUCGGAUUUAAUUGAUUGUUGUGAUCUUGGAUACCAUGCCAGUCUGAAUAGAGCCCUGAGAACAUACCUUUCUGCAGAGUAUAACCUUGAAACUUCCAGGCAUGAGGGCUUAGACAUCAUUGAAAAUGCAGUUGACAGCUUGGAGCCACGAAGUGACAAGCAGAGAUUCAUGGAAAUGUACCCCACUGCUUUUUGUCCACCAAUGAAAUUUGAGUUCCAGUCUCAUAUGGGUGAUGAGGUUUGUCAGGUCACUGCCCAGCAACCUGUGCAAGCAGAGCUUAUGCUUAGAUACCAGCAGCUACAGUCACGACUGGCCACACUCAAAAUUGAAAAUGAGGAGGUUAAAAAAACAACAGAGGCUACGCUGCAGACAAUACAAGAUAUGGUGACCAUUGAAGACUAUGAUGUGUCAGAGUGUUUCCAGCACAGUCGCUCAACAGAGUCUGUGAAGUCAACAGUCUCUGAGACAUACCUGAGUAAGCCCAGCAUUGCAAAAAGAAGAGCUAACCAGCAGGAAACGGAGCAAUUCUAUUUUAUGAAAUUCAGAGAAUAUCUGGAAGGUAGCAAUCUCAUCACAAAACUUCAAGCAAAACAUGACUUGCUGCAGAGGACGCUCGGAGAAGGUCACAGGGCUGAAUACAUGACAACAAGGCCUCCAAAUCUUCCCCCUAAGCCCCUGAAACACAGGAAGCACAGACCCCGAUCACAGUAUAGUGCUAAGUUGUUUAAUGGUGAUUUGGAGUCAUUCAUCAAGGAUUCAGGACAAGUCAUUCCUCUCAUUGUGGAAAGCUGUAUCAGAUUUAUCAAUUUAUAUGGUCUUCAGCAUCAGGGAAUUUUUAGAGUGUCUGGUUCCCAGGUGGAAGUCAAUGAUAUUAAAAAUUCAUUUGAGCGAGGUGAAAAUCCUUUGGCAGAUGACCAAAGUAACCACGACAUUAACUCAGUUGCUGGAGUACUGAAGCUCUAUUUCCGAGGGCUGGAAAAUCCUGUCUUUCCUAAGGAAAGAUUUAAUGAUCUUAUUUCUUGUAUCAGAAUAGACAAUCUCUAUGAGAGGGCUCUUCACAUCCGCAAACUCCUCCUAACCUUGCCCAGGUCGGUCCUUAUAGUGAUGAGAUACCUCUUCGCCUUCCUCAACCACCUCUCACAGUACAGCGAUGAAAACAUGAUGGAUCCGUACAACCUGGCCAUUUGUUUUGGGCCAACCCUGAUGCCUGUUCCAGACAUACAAGACCAGGUGUCUUGUCAGGCACAUGUGAACGAGAUAAUCAAAACUAUCAUCAUCCAUCAUGAGGCUAUUUUUCCAGAUGUUAAAGAACUUGAUGGCCCAGUGUAUGAAAAAUGCAUGGCUGGAGAUGACUACUGUGACAGCCCAUACAGCGAACAUGGUACGUUAGAGGAAGUGGACCAGGAUGCCAGUACAGAGCCCCACACCAGUGAGGACGAGUGUGAGCCCAUAGAAGCUAUAGCCAAGUUUGACUACGUUGGAAGAUCUGCACGAGAACUGUCUUUCAAGAAAGGAGCUUCCCUUCUGCUCUAUCACCGAGCAUCUGAAGACUGGUGGGAAGGAAGGCACAAUGGCAUUGAUGGCCUUGUCCCUCACCAGUACAUAGUGGUGCAGGAUAUGGAUGAUACUUUCUCAGAUACACUGAGCCAGAAAGCAGACAGUGAGGCCAGCAGUGGACCCAUAACUGAGGACAAGUCAUCAUCAAAGGACAUGAACUCUCCCACUGACCGUCACUCUGAUGUCUAUUCAGGAAGGCAAAGAAAGAGAUCAGAACCUCCGCCUCCUCUAAGACGCCCCGGCAGAAGCAGUGAUGGUCACUGCCCAGUACACCCACCUCACCCUCUCUCCAACUCGACCAUGGAGCUAGGUUCUCCCAACCUGGCAACUCACUGCAGUCCUAGAGCCCUCCUUCAAAACCGCAACCUCAAUGCUGACAGCCCCGAAAGGCGACGUAGGCCUGGACAUGGCAGCCUCACUAACAUCAGUAGGCACGACUCUCUGAAGAAGAUUGAUAGCCCUCCAAUUAGAAGAUCUACAUCAUCUGGCCAGUACACAGGUUUCAAUGACCAUAAACCACUGGAUCCAGAGUCAAUAGCUCAGGACAUCGAGGAGACGAUGAACACAGCGCUGAACGAGCUCCGUGAGCUGGAGCGGCAGAGCUCGGCCAAGCAUGCCCCCGAUGUGGUCUUGGACACCUUGGAACAGAUGAAGAACACCCCCACUCCUGCCACCUCCACAGAGUCACUCAGCCCUCUGCACAGCGUUGUCUUACGGAGCUCUGAGCCUCAGAUCCGCCGCAGCACUAGUUCUUCCAGUGACACCAUGAGUACUUUUAAGCCCAUGGUGGCCCCUAGAAUGGGAGUGCAGCUGAAACCUCCUGCUCUUAGGCCAAAACCUAUUGUUCUUCCAAAAACAAAUCCUAGCAUAGGGCCUUCCCCUCCUUCCCAGGGUCCAGCCGACAAAUCUUGCACAAUGUAG